AUGGAUAUCGAGGUGCCAUGUGUUGGUAAAAAAUUUGACGGUAAAGAGAGUGCAUAUACUUUUUAUAAAAGUUAUGCUCAUAAAUUGGGAUUCAGUGUGAGAUUAAAAUAUUUGAAGCGUGUUAAUGGACAGAUAAAAAGAAGAACUUUUUGUUGUUCAAAACAAGGUCAGAAAGGUGUUGAUAAAAGGUGCGAACAAGUGAAAUUUGAGCAUCAAAGUUCCCGAGUAAAUUGUUUGGCACAAAUGACUUGUCAACUCAAAUCGGACGGUAUGUUUGAAGUUGUUUCUUUUAAGGCAGAUCAUAGCCAUGAACUUACUCCUACACCAAUGAAACAUAUAUUAAGAUCACAAAGACAAAUUACACCAGCUCAUAAAGCUGUCGCUGAUGAUGCUGCAAAGGCUGAAUUAUCUGUUAGAUCCACUAUUAAUUUAUUGACUACACAAAGUGGAGGUCGUGAAUUUAAAGAAUUUUUGGACGGUGAUUUUAGAAAUUAUAUAUCUGCCAAGCGUAGAAUAGAGAUGAUUAAGGGAGAUGGUCAUGCUAUUAUGGAAUAUUUUCAUAAAAUGCAAUUACAAGAUCCUUCUUAUUUCUAUUUGGUGCAACUUGAUGAUGAUAAUUCUAUAUUAAAUGUGUUCUGGGCAGAUGACAGAUCAAUUAUUGAUUACCAACACUUUGGAGAUGUUGUAUGUUUCGAUACAACUUAUAGAACAAAUGAGUAUGCUAGGCCGUUUGCUCCAUUUGUUGGUGUUAAUCAACAUAACAAAAGUAUUAUUUUUGGUACAGCUUUGCUAUAUGAUGAAACGAUAUCAUCUUUUAAAUGGUUGUUUGAGACUUUUCUUAGUGCAAUGUCCGGAAAACAACCUGUGACGAUAUUUACAGUUCAAUGUGCAGCGAUGGCCAAAGCAAUUGAGGAGCUCAUGUUAAGAAAAAAAUGGGCUAUGGUAUACGGACGUCAUAUGUUUACAACUGAUAUGAAGAUCACUCAACGGAGUGAAUCAAUGAAUAGUGUUCUAAAGAAAUACUUGGAUGCAAAAAAUAACUUUAUGCACUUUUUUGAUAAUUAUAGCAGGUUGCUAUCAGAUAGACGGUAUGAUGAGUUGUUAACAGAAUUUAAAAUGAGAGAAAGGGUUCUAGUUUUACAGGUUAAUGUUGAGAUGUUAAGGCAUGCUUCAAAAAUAUACACUCCUGCUGUAUAUAAAAUGUUCCAAGAUGAGUAUAUGAAGGUUUUGGAUUGUGUUAUGCACAGAGUUGACAAAUCUGAAUUUGUUACUAGUUACAAGGUUCAAUGUGGUAAAAAGGAUCAAGAACACUUGGUUUCUUUAGAAAUGUCAACAAGAACUGUUAAGUGUAGUUGUAUGAAAUUUACUUUAGUAAGGAUUUUAUGCGCGCAUGCUCUGAAAGUUCUUGAUAAAAAAAAUAUCAAACAGAUUCUGCCACAGUACAUCAUGAAGAGAUGGACAAGAGAUGUAAAAUUUGGAACGAUUAAGGACAAUUAUAGUAUUGGGGUUGGAAGUAUUCCGCAAGAGUUGAUAAGAAAAAGAUAUUCAUCUCUAAGUCAUAAUUUUCGAGAAAUAUUAACACUUGCAUCAGAAAGUGAGAAUAUGUAUGAAUAUGCAUGUGAAUAUUUCAAAAAUUAUUGA